ACAGAUGAAGAAACUCUUUUAGAGAUUUUGUGCACAAGGAUGCCACAGCAGCUCUCUGACAUCAGGGCUGCAUAUAGUCAAGAGUAUACGCGGGAUUUGGAGAAAGACUUGAUAAGUGAAACCAGUGGAGAUUUUUCAAAGCUCAUUGUGGCAUUGUUGAAGAAAGAGAAUGGGCCAGGAAUUAUUGACCAGGAUAUAGCAUCUUUAUCUGAGGAGCUGAAAAACAAGAAACCUGCAGCUGAUAUUUGGAUCAAAUUACUCACCACAAGAAACCCAGACCAUCUUAGAACUGUGCUGGAAGAACUGGAGUUUGAGAAAGGCCAGACAGUGGAGGACGCUUUAGAGGGACAUUUUAAAGGAGUCCUCUCUGGAGACCUCAAAAAGGGCUUAAAGACACUAGUGCAAUGUAUACAGAACCAGUAUCUAUUCUUGGCACAACGGCUCCAAACUAUGAAAUCACAGGUGGUCCAGGGUGUGAUGGUGGCUCACAGUGAGGAGGAUCUAUUGAGAGUUAGAGUGGCAUACCUUCAGUCAACGGGAACUUCACUGUACAUGGCCUUACAGGUCUCCACACACACACACACA